AUUUUUCUAGGUUCCACAUAUAUGCGUUAAUAUACGAUAUUCGUUUCUCUCCUUCUGACCCACUUCACUCUGUAUGACAGUCUCUAGAUCCAUCCAUGUCUCUACAAAUGACUCAAUUUAAUACCUUUUUAUGGCUGAGUAAUAUUCCAUUGUAUAUAUGUACCACAUCUUCCCUAUCCAUUCAGCUGCUGAUGGGCAUUUAGGUUGCUUCCAUGUCCUGGCCAUUGUAAAUAGUGCUGCAAUGAACAUUGGGGUGCAUGUGUCUUUUUGAAUUAACAUACCCACUUUGGCCACUCCCCUCUGAAACAGCUAAAGCCCGUGCAUUGGCCCGCUGGUCUCCCAGUCCUUUCUGACCAGCUUUCCCCAUGCCAUGGUCCAAAGUAGUGGCCCAGCUCAGGAAGAAGGAGCCGAGAAUGAUGCUCCUAGUUUGACACCAUCCCUACGGAACACCACUUCCACCCCGCACCCCACCCUAGUAACUUAAACCUGUGGCCUCUGGAACCAGACCAGCUAUGCAGACUCCUCCCCCACCACCCCCAUCGCCCAGUAACGGGGAAGGAUCACAAAUCAGCUCCUUCCCGGGCAGCGGAAGCAGCUGGGUGCCGCACCUCUGAGUCUCUCGGGGUUUUGGUUGGCGGCAAGGAAGAGGGUGACGCUCAGCUGGGCAGCAGCAUCUCCGCCUCUGGCUGCACUCGCACAGCGCCCCGUGCUGGCCCCUCCAGAAUUUUCACCCCUCAAAGCGCUGUUCAAAUUAUAGAUAUACAUAGGAAAUAAUUCUCGUUUGAAUGAUUUUAUGUCAGCUCUGGUAAAAUGUGCCUCAAUUUCAUAUAAUAAUUGGAGAUUUAUUCUGCACAGAGUUGCUGUGUGCAUAAUUUCGUGUUGGAAAGGUGUGGAAAUGUCACCACCAGUGAUAUUUCUGUGGUUGGAGAAGCACAGCUUUUGGCUGGUCCCUUUGUUGACACAGAAACUGCUGUGUAACAGUGAAACGUCGUUCCGGAUGAAUUAUCAACCACAACCAUCAGGGCGAUACGUUUGGCUGCCAAGAAAAGGGUUCACUUUCUUCUGUUGUUUCAGGGCUGAUGGAAGUGCAGAGGGUGUAAAUAGCCAACAACAAAUUGACUUUCCAAAAGAUGUCAGUCAAAACUCACAAAAUGUGUUUAUUCUUUGAUUUAAUGAGCCUUCUUUUUGAGAUCUAUCCUAAGUAGUUAAGGUUGUUGGCAAGGAUUUAGCUGUAGGAUCUUUAGUGAAGCACUGUUUAUACAUACAGUAAGUCUCCUCCAUAACGAACUUCAAGUUUCGAACUUUCAAAGAUGCGAAAGUACGUUCACAUGUUCAAUCACGUAACUUAGUUCACGUGUCUGGCGUACAUUGUUACGAGCGUGCAUCCUCCACACGUGGUUGUGCUUUUGUGUACUUUACUGUACAGUACUGUUGCUGUGCAACACGAGGAGCUUACUAAUGAAGACCUGAAGGAAUUGGAGGCCCAGAGAAAGGAUAGAGACAAGAGGAAGAAAAAGUAACUGAAGAACAAAAGAGAUUCACGGUGCAGGAAAUGGCAAGGGGAUUUUCUGUAUUUGAGGAGGCACCGUGAGUUUUUGAGGCACAGGACCUGAACGCAGAACAGUACACGAAGGUUGCAGCAGCCGUUCAGAAUAUAAUCCAGUGCUACCGUGUCAUCUAUGACGAGAAAAAAGCUACUACCCAGACGUCACUGGAUCACUUUUUCAAGAGGGUAGAUAGAAUUGAAUCCAGCAAGGAACCAGAACCUGUGCCAUCCACGUCAGGUGUGAGUGAAAGUGCAUCUGGCCCUCCGUCUCCUAUUGCUGACGACCCUUCAGCUCUACCAUCUCCCACCUCCUCUCCCUCCUCCAGUCAGUAACUCUUCUUGCCUGUUCAUUCGAUGCCAGCCCCUGGAUGCCAGCUGUUGUACUACUGUACUUUUCAAGAUAAUGUACGUCAUUCUUCUGAAAUUAGUAACAUAAUUUGCUGGUGUUCAGAGGGGAAGAAACUGCAGAAACCAAUGUCUCCUUUACCUGGAACAUUCUGUAGUCAUUUGCAAUAUAAUGCUCCAGUGAUACUGACCUUCUUCCGGGUCCUUGAAUGCCUAGCUUCUCUCUCUGAUCCUAGUGGACAAGCUCAGCAUCCUGCCCCUUUAGAACAAAAUGUCAUUCUGAUGGGGCUGUCAAUCAUAUGGCCGCACUUUCCUUGCUGCAGAGCUUCUGGUAGAAACUGGCUUAUUGUUCGCAGACCUCAUUUUCUUCUCUUCGUGGUCACACAGCUAGACCAUACCUCCCAGCCUCUCUUCAAGGUGACCUUACAGAGGACUCCAAGGGGGUGCAGAGCCACAGAAUGGAAGAGACCGGUCCUUGAACACCGUGUGGCUAGCUGCCUCUUGAAGACCAACAUUCAACUUGGACGGGAAGAGAUGUCCUUCAAGGGCGCCCGGCUUAGCAUGAGAAGCAGAAGGAACGGCACGCCGGACAGCACCCGGACCCUGUACUCCAGUGCGUCUCGCAGCACAGACGUGUCCUACAGCGAGAGCGACUUGGUGAAUUUCAUUCAAGCAAAUUUUAAGAAACGGGAGUGUGUCUUCUUUACCAAAGAUUCCAAGGCCACGGAAAAUGUGUGCAAGUGUGGCUAUACCCAGAGCCAGCACACAGAAGGCACCCAGACCAACCAAAAUGAGAAAUGGAAUUACAAGAAGCACACCAAGGAAUUCCCCACUGACGCUUUUGGGGAUAUUCAGUUUGAGACUCUGGGGAAGAAAGGGAAGUAUAUCCGACUGUCCUGCGAUACGGACGCAGAAACCCUCUACGAGCUGCUGACCCAGUACUGGCACCUGAAAACGCCCAACCUGGUCAUCUCGGUGACCGGCGGCGCCAAAAACUUCGCCCUGAAGCCGCGCAUGCGCAAGAUCUUCAGCCGCCUGAUCUACAUCGCGCAGUCGAAAGGUGCCUGGAUUCUCACUGGAGGCACGCAUUAUGGGCUGAUGAAGUACAUUGGAGAGGUAGUGAGAGAUAACACCAUCAGCAGGAAUUCAGAGGAGAACAUAGUGGCCAUCGGCAUCGCGGCUUGGGGCAUGGUCUCCAACAGGGACACCCUCAUCAGGAGUUGUGAUGUCGAGGGAUAUUUUUCAGCUCAGUACAUUAUGGAUGACUUCAAGAGAGACCCUCUGUACAUCCUGGACAACAAUCACACCCACCUGCUGCUUGUGGACAACGGCUGCCAUGGGCACCCCACAGUUGAGGCAAAGCUCCGUAACCAGCUGGAGAAGUACAUCUCCGAGCGCACUAUUCAAGAUUCCAACUACGGUGGCAAGAUCCCCAUUGUGUGUUUUGCCCAAGGAGGUGGGAAAGAGACUUUGAAAGCCAUCAGUACCUCCGUCAAAAGUAAAAUUCCCUGUGUGGUGGUGGAAGGCUCAGGGCAGAUUGCCGAUGUGAUCGCCAGCCUGGUGGAGGUGGAGGAUGCCCUGACGUCAUCCAUCAUCAAGGAAAAGUUGGUGCGCUUCUUACCCCGCACAGUGUCCCGGCUGCCUGAGGAGGAGAUCGAGAGUUGGAUCAAAUGGCUCAAAGAAAUUCUCGAAAGUUCUCACCUAUUAACCAUUAUUAAAAUAGAAGAAGCUGGGGAUGAAAUUGUGAGCAAUGCUAUCUCCUAUGCAUUGUACAAAGCCUUUAGCACCAAUGAACAAGAUAAGGAUAACUGGAAUGGGCAGCUGAAGCUUCUGCUGGAGUGGAACCAGCUGGACCUAGCCAGUGAUGAGAUUUUCACCAAUGACCGCCGGUGGGAGUCUGCUGACCUUCAGGAAGUCAUGUUUAUGGCUCUCAUAAAGGACAGACCCAAGUUUGUCCGCCUCUUUCUGGAGAAUGGCUUGAACCUGCAGAAGUUCCUCACCAAUGACGUCCUCACCGAGCUCUUCUCCAAUCACUUCAGCACCCUGGUGUAUCGGAACCUGCAGAUUGCCAAGAAUUCCUAUAAUGACACCCUCCUCACGUUCAUCUGGAAACUGGUUGCUAACUUCCGAAGAGGCUUCCGGAAGGAAGACAGGAAUAGCAGGGAUGAGAUAGAGGACGUGUCUCCUAUUACUCGGCACCCCCUGCAGGCACUCUUCAUCUGGGCCAUUCUUCAGAACAAGAAGGAACUUUCCAAAGCCAUCUGGGAGCAGACCAGGGGCUGUACUCUGGCAGCCCUGGGAGCCAGCAAGCUUCUGAAGACUCUGGCCAAGGUGAAGAACGACAUCAAUGCUGCAGGGGAGUCCGAGGAAUUGGCAAACGAGUACGAGACCCGAGCAGUGGAGCUGUUCACGGAGUGUUACAGCAGCGACGAAGACUUGGCAGAACAGCUCCUGGUCUAUUCCUGUGAAGCCUGGGGCGGAAGCAGCUGUUUGGAGCUGGCGGUGGAGGCCACGGACCAGCAUUUCAUCGCUCAGCCCGGGGUCCAGAAUUUUCUUUCCAAGCAAUGGUACGGAGAGAUUUCCCGAGACACCAAGAACUGGAAGAUUAUCCUGUGUCUGUUUAUUAUACCCUUGGUGGGCUGUGGCUUUGUAUCAUUUAGGAAGAAGCCCCUCGACAAGCACAGGAAGCUCCUGUGGUACUACGUGGCCUUCUUCACCUCCCCGUUUGUGGUCUUCUCCUGGAACGUGGUCUUCUAUAUCGCCUUCCUCCUGCUCUUUGCCUACGUGCUGCUCAUGGAUUUCCACCCUGUGCCGCAACCCCCGGAGCUGGUCCUCUACGCGCUGGUCUUUGUCCUGUUCUGUGAUGAAGUGAGACAGUGGUACAUGAAUGGGGUGAAUUAUUUUACCGACCUGUGGAACAUCAUGGAUACGCUUGGACUCUUUUAUUUCAUAGCAGGGAUCGUAUUUCGGCUUUACCCUUCUAACAAAACCUCGCUGUACUCCGGACGAGUGAUUUUUUGCCUGGAUUACAUUAUAUUCACGCUCAGGUUGAUUCACAUUUUCACGGUCAGCAGGAAUUUAGGACCCAAGAUUAUCAUGUUGCAGAGGAUGCUGAUAGACGUGUUCUUCUUCCUGUUCCUCUUUGCCGUGUGGAUGGUGGCCUUCGGCGUGGCCAGGCAAGGGAUCCUCAGGCAGAAUGAGCAUCGCUGGAGGUGGAUCUUCCGCUCGGUCAUCUAUGAGCCCUACCUGGCCAUGUUCGGCCAAGUGCCCAGCGACGUGGACAGUACCACGUACGACUUCUCCCACUGCACCUUCACGGGGAAUGAGUCCAAGCCCCUGUGCGUGGAGCUGGACGAGCACAACUUGCCCCGCUUCCCCGAGUGGAUCACCAUCCCCCUGGUGUGCAUCUACAUGCUCUCCACCAACAUCCUGCUGGUCAACCUGCUGGUCGCCAUGUUCGGCUACACCGUGGGCACCGUCCAGGAGAACAACGACCAGGUCUGGAAGUUCCAGAGGUACUUCCUGGUGCAGGAAUACUGCAACCGUCUCAACGUUCCCUUCCCGUUCGUGGUCUUCGCCUACUUCUACAUGGUGGUCAAGAAAUGCUUCCGUUGCUGCUGCAAAGAGAGGAGCGCAGAGUCUUCCGCCUGCUGUUUCAAGAAUGAAGACAACAUGACUCUGGCAUGGGAGGGUGUCAUGAAAGAAAAUUACCUUGUCAAGAUCAACACGAAAGCCCACGACACAUCAGAGGAAAUGAGACAUCGUUUUAGACAGCUGGAUACAAAGCUUAAUGAUCUCAAGGGUCUUCUAAAAGAGAUUGCUAAUAAAAUCAAAUAAAAUUGCAUGGACUCUAAUGGAGAAAAAUCUAAUUCUAGCAAGGUGGCAUCAGACAUCUAAAUGGAAAAGAUUCAAGGGGUGCUCCUGAGUAGUUUUGUUCUCGUCUAAAUGAGAAUUGUUCAGGCCCCUGGGUGCACAGUGAUGGUUUUAAUCACCCCAGUGUGCUCAGUCUGAGGAUAAAAUGUGUUACUGAUUUCACACGAAAGAUGGAUGUAAAGGAAGAGCACCUCCUACAGCUCGCUUCCGCUGAAGGCUGCCCUAUUACUUUCCGAGUCUCAGUGGCCAGAGCCUGCUGGUGAUAGUUUAAACUGUACUGUAUCUUCCUGUUUCCUGCUCUCUUCCUCCUUUGACCCAUGCAUAUUAGAGAAUAUCUCUCCUAGGAGCUGGAACCUGGUCAUGAUUUCCCUCCUGUAUUGUUAUUUUGUUUGUUUCUGAUUGAUUCUCCAUUAUUUCCUUUUUUUUUGGUAUAGUGUGACUAAUUAGCUGGCGUAUUGUUAAAAGUCUCCCCAGUCAGGUCAGGUUCUAAAAACGUGCUGCAGCAAGAGGGCUCUUCUUUCUUCAGGAGAAACUAUUUUCAUUUCUCAUUAUGCUUUUAUUCAUUAAAGCAGGUGAUAAAAUAGCAUCUUCCUGUCUCACACUCACCAGGAGCUCCACUUGAAGGAAAUAUCCCCUUCCUAACCAUGUGAAAAGGCACCUAAAAAUGAAAUCCUCAGAGGUGCAUCUGAUUUUGUUUUCACUGGGUGUUCCUCUUUCUCCUCCUAGUUAUUAUUUUCCUAUUAAAAAUAAUUCAUGGAUAGUAUAGAAAAUUCAUGGGUAUUUUAGAAAACACAGACUACAUGGAAAAGUAGAAAAUAUAGUCUCACUACCUAAAGAUAAUCACUGCUAACAAGUUAGGAUGUUUUUCCAAGUCUGUUUCUUUUCUAUGCAUGUUUUAUUUCUCUUUUAAAAUUUUACAUAAUGUUAUCAUACCACAUAUACAAUUUUAUAUACACUUUUUCAGUUAAUAGUUUAUCGAAGAUGUUUUCUUUAUACUCACAGUCUUCUUAAACUUUACAUUAACAAUUGCAUGUUGUUCAGUCUCUAAUGAUUUCCACUAUGUUGGUCACUGAAGGUGGUUUCUCGUUGGCCAGUUGGAUGAGCAUCUUUGUGCCAGGAUCUUUUUCCACAGUUGGGAAAAUUUCCCAUGGCUAGAUUCCCAGGAAUAUGUAUUGAUUAUCAAACUGUUUACAAGGCUUUUUCAUAAAUGUUUAGCAAAUAGGAAUUAUUAACUUGAUAUAAGAUAUGAGAUACAUGAACCUAGAACUCUUAAGAUAAAAUAUUAUAUCUAAUCCUUAGUUUAGGAAGAAACCAAUAUACUUAUUUCAGUAUUAUAGAUGGUGAAGGCAUUGGUAUAGAAUUGGAAAGAUUAUAUUAUUGAACACUUGUAGUCCCAGCUUUGUCUGGAAGUGGUGUUAUCUUUGCCCAAAAGAGAUGCGCUUGGAAGUACGUAAAGUCAUUUAAAUGUCCAUGAUUAGUUUUUUCCACUUUGAAUAGAAUGUACUCAGUGGCUAAAGAAGAAAAUCUUAGAAGGAAGCUGUUAAAUGAUUAUCUAAUUAGAAAAACUACAAAAGCAUGAACCAAAGAAGCUUUUUCUGUUUUGUCUGGGCAGUAGUUAAAAUGACUACUCACAAUAUUCAUGAUGUUUUCAGGGAACGAGGACAAAUAAAAGGUGUCUUUUUACUUAGACCUCGUUAAUGGUCUAGCAGGGAAUCUUAUUCAGUAACAGGAUUGAUCAGUUCAUGGUUUUGGUUGCUGAAAGUAGAUGGGAUAAAAUCAAUGACAAAUGUUGUCAACGAAAGGGAUUUUCAAGUUUUCUCUGUUGGUGAGAGAAUUUCACGUUUGUUUCACCAUGGCAACUAGAAGAGCUGCCUUUUCUGAAGCCACCAAGAAGAGGCUUGUGUUAUCUCCACGGUGACUGGAAAAAACAAAGUAUAUGGCACUGAACAUAUUGUGCAGAGAGUGACCACUGUCCUAACCUCUUACCUUCAGUUCAAGUGGUGAAUUUGAAUAAAAUCAGUAAAUGAAAUUGAAAACCUACCAGAAGAGAAAACUUAGCAUAACUGUUGGCUGACCCCCUUAACCGUGCUUGUCCCUAUAUUCACAUUUCCAUUGACUGUGUUUUUGUUAGUGUAAGAAAUAGGCCAUGUGCACAUCCGUAUCACGAGUAAAAGCAAUUCUCCCAUUGACGCUGAUGACAGAGAACUUGAACAGUACUCGGAAUUCACUUGUAUCGGAGAGGGAGCUGCCCAGUGUUUCCAGCUCAGCUCGUCUGGGGGGUGUUUUUGCACAGUGACUCUCCAUGAUUCUUGUGUAGCCAGUUCACUGUUUCAGGUGUAGCUCAUGCAAAGAGCACACGUCUUGGAUGCACUUCUCAUCAAAGGUCCUCUGUCUUGUACAUGGUACUAAAAGUGUCCUGUGCACGUGUGCAUCACUGCUGAUAGCCCUGCAGCUUGGUUUAAAUGAGUGGGUCAAUGAGUUAACCAGGAGGAACUGUCAUGGGUUGCCUUUGCCAUUCUACUGAGAGUGAAAAAAAAUCCAGUUCCUUCCUUCAUGCAGAUGCAUCUCUAUGGGGAUUUGAUUCCCAGAGUUACGUGAACUGACUUCGCUAAGCAGAUGACUAGAACAUUCUGAGCGAAUGCAAGCAGAAGAAUGCCCCCCGUGGUUCUGGUUCUUGCCAGCAGGGCCAGAUUUGGAUCCCAUGGUUAGGCACCCAUCUGUAGCCCAAGGGUCUCCAGCUUCUGUGACUUGGAGCUAGCCUCCUAUGUCACCAACCCUCAGACAUGCAUAGCAGUUUCUGAGAUGACAGGGGUCUCCUGUGGCCUCAGGACCUGUCUGGGGGCCAACAUGGUGUCUUUUGU